AUGGGCUGUACAAAUUCAAUGAGAAAACAAGAAAUACAAGUUGGACGAUCGAAACAUGAUGAAAAUAGAUUUCAAAAUUUAUUUCAUGCGACUAGUGAAUUCGAUCUAUCGACGUCAGAUUCUGAAAGUGAACAUGAGAUUCUAUCAGUACAAUUAAUGAACAAGAACAAUGUUAAUCAUAAAAAUAAACUAAUAGAAAAAAUUGAUAAAAUUCCAACUGGAUUGACGACAACGCAUAACAAUUUAUCAACUGCAAGCAGUACGUUAAUGGAUAAUCGACUUAGUCAAACACGUGUUUAA